UGCCCGCCGGACCAAGUUAAGUGUGUUUACAUGCAGACACACUCGCUUCUGCUUGUAGAGGAGACGUGAAGCAGUCUCAGGACUCACAGCAGUAACAGCUACAGAGGCUGUCCGCUGGUGCCCUUUUAAUGUGACGAGUCUGUAUUUCGUUACGCGCGUAAAUGAAGGACACAGCUGCUGGGAUUCCCCGACUGAUGUUGUCCUGCACUUAUAUCAAAGAAGAACGGGAGGGGAAAAAAACACCAAACGAGGAAAAAAUGACAUGGGAGAAGCUGCUGCAGAGGAGGCUGCAUAAAAGUCAGACAAAACCUUAUCUGUGUGGACACUGCGACUGAAAGUUUAUCUGACAGACAACACUGUGAAGAGGAAAAGCUAACACACAAGCAUUUAAUACUGGCAACCUGAAAAAAAGCUUUGCUGAACAUGGUGUUUUAGUGCAAAUUUCUAUAUAUCUGCCAAAACCACAUGGACAUCCAACAAUUAUCUUCAAUCAGACUGGAUAAUUAGAAUAUUUCCUCGUCUGGUUUUGAUGUUGAUCAUGUAAGUGUACUGUUCUGGCUUUCCAAUAUCACCAAAGACAGGACGCACGGCCAAGUUUCAAUGCAAACCUCAAAUUAAAGGGCUUCACACAGACUUCAGAAUAGAUAAGAGAGACAACAAGCAAACCUGUGUAUCUGUCGUCAUCAUCUUCGUACAUGCAACUCCCCGCUUAGCUUUAUUGAAAAGGAGGAGCCCAUUAAAACAUUUGAUAGAUAGGAAGGCUUGGUCUGAAGGUGUUGCUGCCAGCUUGCUGCUGGUUGGAGAUGAGAUAAGAGCACUGGGGAGUGAGAAAAUAAGUGGCUGUCUGAUGGGAGCUGCAUGCAAAAUAGGAUUCGUCUGUCCUGCAGCUACACCAGUGAGGCGAAUCAAUAUUGGAGAGGAGAAAUGGACAAAUUAGUUGGUUUCAAUUACAUGAGCAUUGGUCGUGACCUGUGAACUGUUUGCUAAAGGUUGAUAUGAAAUAACAGGAUGGGAAAUGAAGAAAAAUACUGUCUUAUUUACUGAAAGGAGCAUAAAAGACAACUUUUUAUACUUUCUACAGCCAAAAGCACCAGUGCCACACAUGAGUACGGGCUUCUUCAGUGCCAUGCAUGACCUGAUCUGUGUGCUGUUUUAGAUUAUAGUGAUGCGGCUGCUCUAAACCUUCUAGAAACAAGGUUUUAAAAGGAGUAGAGGUGAGAUGGAGCUGGAUAAUAGCUCACUGGGCUACUUCGCCAGCAACUUCACAGUGAGUCCUGACACCACUACCAUUCCACCCUGGAGCGAGGCCACGCUACUCGGCCUGCAGGUCUCUCUGUCUGCGCUGUUAGCUAUCAUCACCUUGGCCACCGUGCUUUCAAACGCUUUCGUCAUCGCCACCAUCUUUCUGACCAGGAAGCUCCACACACCCGCCAACUUCCUGAUCGGCUCCCUGGCCGUCACAGACCUGCUGGUGUCUAUUUUAGUCAUGCCAAUUAGCAUCGUCUACACUGUCAGCAAGACCUGGACGCUGGGGCAGAUUGUUUGUGACAUCUGGCUGUCGUCUGAUAUCACCUUCUGCACGGCCUCCAUCUUGCACCUGUGUGUGAUCGCACUGGACCGCUACUGGGCCAUCACAGAUGCCCUGGAGUACUCAAAACGACGCACCAUGCGCAGGGCGGGGAUCAUGGUUGGGGUGGUGUGGGUGAUCUCCAUAUCGAUUUCUAUGCCUCCACUUUUCUGGCGGCAGGCCAAAGCCCAGGGGGAGCUCACAGAGUGCGUGGUGAAUACAGAUCAGAUCUCUUAUACCCUCUACUCCACCUUCGGCGCCUUCUACGUUCCCACAGUGCUUCUCAUCAUCCUCUACGGACGGAUCUAUGUUGCUGCCCGCUCCCGCAUCUUUAAGACGCCAUCGUCCUCGGGGAAACGUUUCACCACAGCACAGCUCAUCCAGACCUCUGCAGGCUCCUCUCUCUGUUCUCUUAAUUCUGCCUCCAACCAGGAAGCACACCUACACUCUGGCAACACGGGAGGUGGUGGAGGAGGAGGAGGGGGAGGAUCGCCUCUGUUCAUGAAUAGUGUGAAAGUGAAGCUAGCAGACAGCGUGCUGGAGAGGAAACGUCUGUGUGCAGCUCGGGAGAGGAAAGCAACCAAGACUUUGGGCAUCAUCCUGGGCGCUUUCAUCAUCUGCUGGCUCCCAUUCUUUGUUGGCACGCUCGUCAUGGCCAUCUGUAAAGAGUGCUGGUUCAAUCCGGUGCUUUUUGAUGUAUUUACCUGGCUGGGAUACCUGAACUCGCUCAUCAAUCCAGUAAUAUACACCGUGUUCAACGAUGAGUUCAAACAGGCUUUCCAGAAACUAAUCAAAUUCAGACGGUGCAUCUGAGAAACCUUACAGAGGAUUAAAACUGACCUCUCCAGGAAAACAUUGAGUGAAAGAGACAAAGAAAAACAAGAUAAUGGUAAACACAUGCUAUGUGUGAUAUGUUUUUGUUUUUUACAUCAUACAGCUCCAUGCAAUAUCUCUUUAGAUUCCUACAGUAUAUCGAUUUUAUAGACUUAUGCAUGCAUGCUUAAAAAGAAUAAAAAAUCUUUACCCCCAAGAAUUAUGGAACUCAUCUUCAAAACAUAAAUAAAGGGGAUUUGAAGUCUAUUUAAUGUCACAGGGACAAUGCUGAUAUUUCUUGAACAAAAGCAGAGAAAGACUGGUGUGACUGUAUGGAAAGAGUAAACUCAGAAUGACUGGAUUCAGUCCAGCAGCAAUGAAAAGCCAUGAAAUAUAUGUUGUCUUG